AUGAAAGAGGUGCAGUAUUACAACUGUCAAGAAUUUAGUCAUUAUGCCCGAGGACAUCGAAGGAAGAAAGAGCCACAAACAAAAUAUAAUGAGGAUGUGAAAUAUGCACAUGCAUUAGGUAGUGACUUUGAUGAUGUGCUACUCAUAGCCAAUAUUCAAUCGAGCAAUGAACGUGACAAUAUGUGGUAUAAGGAUUUAGGAUGCAACAACCACAUGACUGCUAAUAAAAUCUGGUUUAUCAAGUUAGAUGAAUCAGUCAAGAAAGUGAUCAAGUUUGCAGAUGACAUACAUGUCACAUCAGGUGGAAAAGGAAACAUAUACGUGGUUAGAAAGGAUGGUCGAAAGACCAAUAUCACCGAUGUGUUGUAUGUACCUUUGAUGACAAGUUACUUGAUAAACAUAUGUCAAUUAAUUGCAAAACGGUACAACAUGAAGCUGGAAAACUAUUAG